CUUUCCCCAUUACGACGUUACGACAACGCAAACAUAAACCCAUCUAUCGAUCAAUGCUCAUGAAACAAAACACCUUAAACAAAGCACCAUUCAUCCUAGACAACUAAGAAAAUAAGAAAGAGAUAGAAACUGGCCCACAACCCCUCCUCCAUUAUGUCCCCCUCCAUAGUCCUAGCCUUCGACGUCUACGGCACCCUCCUCUCCACCUCCUCCAUCGCCUCAAAGCUAUCCCAGCACUUCGGCGCCGCCCACGACGCGGACGCUCUGGCGACUGAAUGGCGGAGGACGCAAUUGGAGUACACGUUCCGGUUGAACAGUAUGGGUAAAUACCACCCCUUCACAGCCGUAACACGCACCUCGCUCCUACAAACCCUGCUCUCCGCUUCCAUCCCCACCCCCACGGAGGAAACGAUCUCAGACAUCAUGGCCGCGUACGACGCGCUAGAGGCAUUCCCGGACGUUGCGCCUCUCCUUACGCAGCUCGAGUCCCCCCCUUCGUCGUCGGUUGACAAGGUGACGGCUGUGUUGUUUUCGAACGGCACGCGCGACAUGAUCGCCUCGUCUAUGGCGAACUCGCGGGGGAUGAAGGGAAGGGGGAAUGUGUUUGGGAAGGUGGUUGUGGUGGAUGAUGUGGUGCGGAGGUAUAAGCCGGCGCCUGAGGUGUACAGGCACCUGUGUGAAGAGGUUGGGAGGGAAGAGGGGGAGGGGGUGUGGUUGGUUAGUGGGAAUCCGUUUGAUGUUGUCGGGGCGAAGGCUUUUGGGCUGAGGGCUGCUUGGGUGGAUAGGGAGGGGAGGGGGUGGGUGGAUAGGUUGUUGGAUGGGGAUGAGGAGGGACUGAGGCCGGAUGUUGUUGUUAGGGGGGUUGAUGAGGUCGUUGGGAGGGUUGAGGAGUUCUUGGGGACGGGGAAGUAG